CGCCGACCCGCCGCCAUUGCUGGAAGCGUUCCCGCCCUGCUCUGCGAGUUCCCUCAGUUGUCCUCAGUUCGGCCGCCAGGUACUCGUUGUCCCGGGCGCCUGGCCUCGGUUGCCCGCCGCCCCUCCCUUGGCGCUUGGCUCCCGGCGGCGUCCGGGGCGUGGCCGUUCCCUCUAGAGCCCCUGUCCCUGAGCGGACCCGCCCACCCCUGAGAGGCGAUUGGGGCUGGGCCUCCUUCCCGAGUGUGGGUUCGGUCUCCAGCUGGCCUCCCUCACAGGUCGGGCCGCGUGCUCUCUGCGGCCUCCUAGCCCGGGUCCAAACCUGGGAACCCCCUCCCUGCGGGCCUGGCGGCGCUGGGGUUAAAAAGAGCCGGGCGCAUGGCGUGAGCUGGGAGUCGAGUAGGGCGGGUGGGCCCCUGACCCGACUUUCCCGGUCUUCCCAGCCCCGCGCCUUGCAGGCCCUGAGGAGGGCAUACCCGAAUUGGGUAGAGGAGAGCAGUUAGGGAAAGAAGGCGAGGUUGGCAGGAACAUGUCCGCUCUGGCUUCUGAACUGGCAGGGAUGGAACUAGGUUCCACAUCGGGGGACCUGCGCUACUCAGUAACCGAGGCAGCUUUUCCUGAAAUGUAUGUCUUUGCAAGACUCCACUCUUUCCAGAGAGGGGAAACCAGAGGGAGAGAUUAUGGCUGCUGUGUUUUUCUCAGUUGGACGCCUGAGCCCUGAAGUUACCCAACCAGAUGAAGAUCUUCACCUUCAGGCAGAAGAAACACAAUUGGUAAAGGAAUCGGUGACAUUUAAGGAUGUGGCUAUAGACUUCACAUUGGAGGAGUGGAGGUUGAUGGACCCUACACAGAGGAACCUGCACAAGGAUGUGAUGCUAGAGAAUUACAGGAAUCUGGUCUCCCUGGGGCUUGCAGUUUCCAAACCAGACAUGAUAUCUCAUUUGGAGAAUGGGAAAGGACCAUGGGUGACAGUGAGAGAAAUUUCAAGAAUUCCCUAUCCUGACAUGGAGCCCAAACCUGCAACCAAGGAUGCUACACGAACAAAGGCUAUUUCUGAAGAUUUAUCACAGGAGGCCAUACUAGAGAAACUUACAGAGAAUGGUCUGUGGGAUUCCAGAAUGGAAGGGUUAUGGAAAUGGAAUGAUAGGAUAUUGAGAUUACGAAAUAAUCAGGAGAAUCAUUUGAGUCAAAGAAUAAUUCCACUCAAGAAGACUCCCACUAGUCAAAGAGGCUUUAGAUUUGAAUCUGUUCUUAUUCCAGAACCAGGCAUUGCCACAGAAGAGCUUCACAGCAGAUGCCAAACACAAGAGGAAAAUUUCACAGAGAAUUUAAAUUUGAUUACAGAUACCCAUUUGGGGAAGAUAAUUUGCAAGGAGAUGAAAGGCAGCAAAGCCAUAAGGCAGACUUCAGAACUAACUUUGGGGAAAAAAUCCAAUAAUAAGGAAAAACCCUACAAAUGCAGUACAUGCGAAAAGGCCUUUCAUUAUAGAUCAUUGCUCAUUCAACAUCAAAGAACUCAUACUAAAGAAAAACCUUAUGAAUGUAAUCAAUGUGGGAAAACAUUCAGCCAGCCUUCAUAUCUCAGUCAGCACAAAAAAAUCCACACUGGAGAAAAACCCUAUAAAUGUAAUGAAUGUGGAAAGGCCUUCAUUGCUUCUUCAUCACUUAUGGUACAUCAGAGAAUUCACACUAAAGAGAAACCUUAUCAGUGUAAUGUGUGUGGGAAAUCUUUUAGCCAGUGUGCCCGUCUUAAUCAGCACCAGAGAAUUCAAACUGGAGAGAAACCCUAUAAAUGUAGUGAAUGCGGGAAAGCUUUUAGUGAUAAAUCAAAACUUGCAAGACAUCAGGAAACUCACAAUGGUGAGAAACCCUACAAAUGUGAUGAUUGUGGGAAAGCCUUUAGGAACAAGUCAUAUCUUAGUGUACAUCAGAAGACCCACACUGAAGAGAAACCAUAUCAGUGCAACGAGUGUGGGAAGUCUUUUAAGAAUACCACAAUUUUUAAUGUGCAUCAGAGGAUUCAUACUGGAGAGAAACCUUUUAGAUGUAACGAAUGUGGAAAAGCCUAUAGAAGUAAUUCAAGCCUUAUCGUACAUAUAAGAACUCACACUGGGGAAAAACCCUAUGAAUGUAAUGAAUGUGGGAAAGCAUUCAACCGCAUCGCAAAUUUCACAGAACAUCAGCGAAUUCACACAGGAGAAAAACCCUAUAAAUGUAAUGAAUGUGGGAAAGCAUUCAUUAAUUAUUCAUGCCUUACUGUACACCACAGAAUGCAUACAGGAGAGAAACCUUAUAAAUGUACUGAAUGUGGAAAGGCCUUCAUGCGUUCUUCUUCUCUAAUUAUACAUCAGCGUAUUCAUACUGAAGAGAAACCUUAUCUGUGCAAUGAAUGUGGGGAGUCUUUCAGAAUAAAAUCACACUUAACUGUACAUCAGAGAAUUCACACUGGAGAGAAACCAUAUAAAUGUACUGACUGCGAGAGGGCAUUCACCAAAAUGGUAAAUCUCAAGGAGCAUCAGAAAAUUCAUACUGGAGUGAAACCCUAUAAAUGUUAUGACUGUGGAAAGUCCUUUAGGACUAAAUCAUACCUUAUUGUACAUCAGAGGACCCAUACUGGAGAAAAACCAUAUAAAUGUAAUGAAUGUGAGAAAGCCUUCACUAAUACAUCACAGCUUACCGUGCACCAACGAAGGCAUACUGGAGAGAAGCCCUAUAAAUGCAAUGAAUGUGGAAAGGUUUUCACAAGUAACUCAGGCUUUAAUACACAUCAAAGAACACAUACUGGAGAGAAACCGUUUAAAUGUAAUGACUGUGGGAAAGCAUUUAGCCAGAUGGUACAUGUCACAGAACAUCAGAAAAUCCAUAGUGGAGAGAAGCCCUAUAAGUGUGAUGUCUGUGGAAAAGCCUUCAGGAGGGGUUCUUACCUUACAGUGCAUUGGCGAACACACACUGGAGAAAAACCCUACACCUGUAAGGAAUGUGGAAAGGGUUGUACUACUCUAUCACAGCUAACCCUACAUCAGAGAAUUCAUACUGGGGAGAGGCCCUAUAAAUGUGAAGAAUGUGGAAAAGCCUUCAGAACUAACUCAGACUUUACUGUACACUUGAGGAUGCAUACUGGAGAAAAACCCUAUAAAUGUAAUGAAUGUGGAAAAGCCUUCAGGAGUAGUUCGAGCCUUACUGUACAUCAAAGAAUACAUCAAAGAGAAACUCAGUUAAUAUAAAGAACAAUAAGUCAUUCACCUAGAUGUCAACUCCACAAGAUGAAUCUUAUAAACUAUAUUUUAUGAAUACAGGAAAAUCUUCAUUAGGAAUUUAUCAGAAAGUAUACAGAGAAACUAUAAACAAUUAUGUGGGAAAUCAUUUAAUAAUAUUAAAUCUUAGAAGUUAUAAGGAAACUCUCACUAGAGGAAAAUAAUGAACAAAUGAAAGCGUUCAUCCAGAUUUCAUACUUUACUCAUUUAACAAAUUAUCUUUAGUUAAUUGCCUAUAUAUGUAUUUGCCUAUUUUUCUAUUCAUUUAUCUGUCUUUUCUUAUAAACCUGGAGGUGCUUUUUAUAUAUUUUUGAUAUUAAUCCUUUGUCAUUAUGUAGCAGAUGUUUUUCUUAAUCUAGCAUUUGUCUUUAUAGUAAUGCACAACAUUUUUAUAGGAAAAUAUUUGUAUCAUUUCCUUUUUAGAUUUUUUAUUUACUCAUUUUACUUAAAAGAGAUCUCCUUAAUCCCUAGGUUAUACGUAGUAUCCUAAAUGUGUUUUUAAGAUUUUUAUGAUUUUAUUUUUUACACUUAAGUCUUUAAUCCCUCUGGACUGGAUGGUUCUUCAUAGGAGAGCAACUGUAGGUGAUCAUUAUCCUGUGAAAAUAUUUUGAACCUAAAAAGCACUCAGGGAAAUGCAAAUUGAAAUGCUCAGUGAGAUGAAACUUCCCCUUCAUGGAUCUGGCAAAAAUUAAGAGAUCUUUUGCUAGCUAUUGGGGUUUGGGAAACCAUGUACUAUUACUUAAAGGUUGUGUAACAUACUUCCACCAGCAGUCCAACAAUAUAUGUUUAAAAAUUUAAAACAUAUAUACUCUUAGACCCAGCAGUCUCACUUUUGGAAUCUGUCCCAUAGAAAUAAAAGCAGCAUCAAUGCAUAAGAAUAUAAAUAAACAUGUUUGUUGAAGUACUGUUUGUAGAGGGGGGCAAAGCCCCAACUGCAAACAAAGUGAAUGGCCAUUAAUAGGGAACUGGUUAGAUAAAUUGUGACAUACCCAUAUUAUGGAACAGUGUGAGUAAUUUUAAAAAUGACUUAUAUCUAUACUAGCUGAUUUCAAUGUAUUUCCACAAUGUAUUGAUAAAUAAUUGCUUUAUAACAAAUGUAUAUAUACAAUAUAUCAUUUUUGUUAAAAUAAUCACACCCAUUUAUUUUGUGUUUAUGUGUGUGUGUGUGGUUAGAUGCACAUGGAGACAGGUAUGGAAGAAUAUACACCAGGCUGUUAAUAUUGAUUACCUUGAGGGGAGUGAGAAAAGGAGAAGUAGAGAUAAGGGAAGGGGAGACUGUAAAAACAGAAAAAUGUAAAUGCUGCCUUUAUGGUACAAAACUGUAAAUGUAAUAUGUAAUUAUGUGAACUUUUGAGAGAGAUGAAAGGAUGGUCUCCAAAAAAUUAAUGAUGGUUAUUUGUUUUAGUAGAUCAUCAAUUUUUUGUUUUUUACUUUCUUUUCUGUGUUUUUAAGUUAAUUUUUUCCUUGCAAUGAACCUGUAAUAUUUACAUUAAAAGGAAAAAUAUUUUC